AGCACUAGUGUGGAUGAUAUGUAAGGAAGGGCCAAAAUGGAAAUAUUAGUAGCAAAAAUCAGAAGAAUAAAUUCCUACAAUAAAGAUCCCUAGUGUUUAUGGGUGCAGGGAACUGAUCAGAGUAGGUCCCCUGCCAGUAAUAUACGGCAGUAAUAUUCAGCUGUUUUUAACCAUUAGUCUGUACAGUCCCCUAAGUACAUUGGGGUCACCAGGACCCACACUUGGUUGGCAGGGGUGUCCAGGGCCUUGAUUGCACCAACCUUUUGUAUGUGCCCUAAUUGGCUUCUUCAUUCUAUUAAAGCUGCUACUGGUUGGUGUUACUGGUUAUUUCGGAGCAGCAAACAUAUUCAGUAGCGCAGUAUAACUGGGAAGAAUAGAGAAAGGGAAAAACAGUAUUCAAAGCUUUAUGUGUCAAAGAGUGUUUGGCUCACAAUCUCUUUUUGUCUCUCCCCAAAAAAAUGAAAUACUAAGAGCGAUCUUAGUGAUCUGAGCGAUUUGCAGCGACUCCAAAAAGCGACAAAGAAGAGGAUAAAGAAGAAAAAAAACAGUCUUUUUAAAGACUACCAACUUACAUCAAGAGCAGAGAAAUUACAGCAACCUGCUCAACCCAUUGCGGGUCAUCAGGAGGAAGGUAGGGAUCCUGAAUUUAUCCCUCUGGUAAUAUUUAUUACAUAGCAGAUGAGGUUGAAAAAAAGACACACGUCCAUCAAGUUCAACCUUUUUGUCUAAAUAAAACCUGUGUAACUGCUAGCUGAUCCAGAGGAAAGUGGGGGCUAACAGUUAUAAUGAUCUGAUUUGUGGAACAAAUAAAUGGGAGGGGAUUGUCUGAAAAAGGGGAGGGUCUGGGUGGACCUUUGACUUGUGACAGGUACAGAAAGCAAGUUUUUAUUUCAGAAUUCAGGGUUUAGUGGAGCCGAUAAAGACACUGGGAUGGGGGGACAUAUUAAAGACGAUGAUUAUUGUCGUUUUUAGCUACAAAUAGUCUUUAAAAUUUCCACAUAUAUAUAUUUGGGAGUCAGGGGCUGAGAUCCCGGAGCAAUAUUUGGGCUUCCCACAGUGCGACAGUCAUGCUGAUAUAGUUCCAGGGGUAAACUAGCAGCAAAUAAGCACUUGUAUAAGUACAUUUAUAAGCAACUAAAAUAGUUUAAUUAAUAGUUUAAUGAUAUUAGUUUAAAUAAUAGUUUAAUUUAAGGGCUAGUUCUCUUAGAAUGUCCUAUGCAUGGUAACAGCAGGUCAUUGUUAAUAUGUGUAGUGGGAAAGUUACAGAGAGAUGCUUGUCCUGAGCUUGCCAUUUACCAGCAGCUACAAACAUUUGUAUUCUUUAUCUCCACUAAAGCAGUGACUUAUACCAACCUUUUUUUCCUGAUACAGGAGCGUCAAGAUGGGCGCCAAACUGUGCAACAUCCUGCACCGGCACCGGCAUACUGAGACUGUUGACAUCAAUCAGUCUUUUGAUGCUUGUGAGCCCUGGGUGAGUAUUUGCUUUUCAGGUAUGAAGCAGGAGCUGCUGAGAGACAUCCGGAAGGAGAUGAGGAUAGCAGCAGGGGCGCAAAAGCUGUACCUUGUCACCAAGGACAGACAGACCAAAGCCCAAGUGAAGGAGCUGAGGAACAUCAGUGAGAGGAAGGUGAAAGCCCUUUUCUCCUCUCUCCACAAGCUCAAUGUGCAGCUAGCUCAGAGGGAAGCAGAGAAUUCUCCAGAUGCAGUUCUGGAGACUACAAGGGACACCGAUGUCAACUUCCCUGCACCAGAGAUCACUGCGCCUGAGGUUCAGGUCAUUUCAGUCCCCGCCAGUGAUUCAUCACAAGUGAGUAUAUUACAUUGACACCAUUCAUUUCUUGGACACAAACACUGCCCUUAUCAUAUCCAUGUAAAGCCACAUUCAAUAAUUGCCUGUCUCUUGUUUGCA